CAGUAAGAAAAAAAAAAUCACGAAUAAUCUGCUCCAGCGUUCAGUAUCGCGCUCACGACAAUCUUUCAAAUUUCAUAGUUAUUUUCUGGUGAAAGUAAAUUGGGGGUUUAAUUCAGAUGGCGGACGGAGAAACAUUCGCUUUCCAGGCUGAGAUCAACCAGCUAUUGAGCUUGAUCAUCAACACAUUCUACAGCAACAAGGAGAUUUUCCUCCGUGAAUUGAUCAGCAACGCCUCCGAUGCCUUGGACAAGAUCCGAUUCGAGGGUUUGACCGACAAGAGCAAGCUCGAUUCUCAGCCGGAGUUGUUCAUUCGUCUCGUGCCCGAUAAGGUUAACAAGACUCUUUCGAUUAUCGACAGUGGAAUCGGCAUGACUAAAGCAGAUCUGGUGAACAAUUUGGGGACAAUUGCGAGGUCGGGUACAAAGGAGUUUAUGGAAGCUUUGCAAGCUGGUGCUGACGUGAGCAUGAUCGGGCAGUUUGGUGUUGGUUUCUACUCUGCUUACCUUGUUGCAGAGAAGGUGAUUGUCACCACCAAGCACAAUGACGACGAACAGUACAUUUGGGAAUCGCAAGCUGGUGGUUCAUUCACUAUUACAAGGGAUGUUGAUGGUGAGCAGCUUGGCAGGGGAACUAAGAUCACUCUCUUCUUGAAGGAAGAUCAGUUGGAAUACCUUGAGGAGAGGAGGAUCAAGGAUCUUGUGAAGAAGCACUCUGAAUUCAUUAGCUACCCCAUCUACCUAUGGACUGAGAAAACAACUGAAAAGGAGAUUAGCGAUGACGAAGAUGACGAACCAAAGAAGGAAGAUGAAGGCGAUAUUGAGGAGGUAGAUGAGGAGAAAGAGAAAGACAAGGGGAAGAAGAAGAAGAUCAAGGAGGUUUCCCAUGAAUGGGAGCUCAUCAACAAGCAGAAGCCCAUUUGGCUCCGAAAGCCGGAGGAGAUAACAAAAGACGAAUACGCCUCCUUCUACAAGAGCCUGACAAAUGAUUGGGAGGACCAUCUUGCUGUCAAACACUUCUCUGUCGAGGGUCAGCUUGAAUUCAAAGCCGUUCUUUUUGUCCCGAAGCGGGCCCCGUUUGAUCUCUUCGACACCCGCAAGAAGAUGAACAACAUCAAACUCUACGUUAGGAGAGUGUUCAUCAUGGAUAACUGCGAGGAGCUCAUCCCAGACUACCUCGGAUUUGUCAAAGGUGUGGUGGAUUCUGACGACUUGCCGCUCAACAUCUCCCGUGAGACUCUGCAGCAGAACAAGAUUUUGAAGGUUAUCAGAAAGAAUCUUGUGAAGAAGUGCAUUGAAAUGUUCAACGAGAUUUCUGAGAACAAGGAGGAUUACAACAAGUUCUACGAGGCGUUUGCCAAGAAUUUGAAGCUGGGCAUCCACGAAGACAGCCAAAACAGGGCUAAGUUGGCUGACCUGCUCAGAUAUCACUCGACCAAGAGUGGAGACGAGUUAACUAGCUUGAAGGACUAUGUGACAAGAAUGAAAGAGGGUCAAAAGGACAUUUACUACAUAACGGGCGAAAGCAAGAAAGCCGUUGAGAAUUCUCCCUUCUUAGAGCGGCUCAAGAAGAAAGGCUACGAGGUUCUAUACAUGGUGGAUGCAAUAGACGAGUAUGCUGUGGGGCAGCUCAAAGAGUACGACGGCAAGAAGCUGGUUUCCGCCACUAAAGAAGGAUUGAAGCUAGAAGAUGAAACCGAGGAGGAAAAAAAGAAAAAGGAGGAGAAGAAGAAGGCAUUCGAGAGCCUCUGCAAGGUUAUUAAAGACAUUCUCGGAGACAGGGUCGAAAAAGUUGUUGUUUCAGACAGGAUUGUCGAUUCGCCUUGCUGUCUGGUGACAGGGGAGUACGGUUGGACUGCGAACAUGGAGAGGAUAAUGAAGGCUCAGGCUUUGAGGGACAGUAGCAUGGGCUCUUACAUGUCGAGCAAGAAGACGAUGGAGAUUAAUCCUGAUAAUGGCAUUAUGGAAGAGUUGAGGAAGAGAGCUGAGGCGGAUAAGAACGAUAAAUCGGUUAAGGAUCUUGUGAUGCUGCUGUUUGAGACUGCUUUGUUGACUUCUGGUUUUAGUUUGGAUGAUCCGAAUACGUUUGCUUCGAGGAUUCAUCGGAUGUUGAAGCUUGGUCUGAGUAUUGAUGAGGUGGAGGAGGAAUCAGGUGAGGAUGUGGAGAUGCCUGGUUUGGAGGAAGAGGGUAAUGAGGAGAGCAAGAUGGAGGAGGUUGAUUAAAUGGUGAAAAUAGAAUGGCAAUUGGAUAUAGAUUUUCUGAACAGUUUUCUGAGUUUUAGUUUUGUUUUCAGAGAGGUUGAAAAAGAUUCUCACUCAAAAAAAAAAAAAAAAAAAAAAAGAUUGUCAAGUUUCUGUUGUCUUUUUCCUUUUCGUAUUACUUAAAUUUGAUGGUGAUGUAUCUUGGUUGGUUGCUUUACUGCAAUUCAUGUUCAAAA